AUGAGUCGCAAUUUAUUCUUAUUUCAGCAGAAAUUGUCACACCGCAGCAUUACAUAUCGUUUUGGCACACUCGCACUGUUGUUUCUGUUGGGGCUGGUGGCUGAUGCGUUCAGUGGCUCGGUGACGGCAGUGCAUCCCUCCGUUAUUCCCUCAAGAGCGCGUGGGGGUGAAGUUUACCGCGAGGCACUGCGGCGCACUGGGUGGCGGCAGCUUGGCGGGGCACACCAGCAACGCCAUGACGCGCACGCGUCUCUCACGAAUUACUACGAGCAGCGGGUUGACCACACUGACGCCGCCGCCGGCACCUUCAAGCAGCGGUGGUGGGUGGACCGCUCCUUUUGGGACGGUGACAGCGGUCCAGCCGUGCUGUACGUGAACGGCGAGAGCCCCGCCUCCCCCUCACCAGAGGGGUUUGUUGAGCACUACUGUUCUACCGUUGGGGCCGUCAUCAUCUCUCUCGAGCACCGUUAUUACGGCGAGAGCCUUCCCGCACCUCUCACGAAUCGAUCGAUGCUGAAGUACCUGACGGUGGAGAACGCCCUCGCGGACCUGCAGGCGUUCAAGCGGUAUGCCGAGAAGACGGUGGUGGGGAAGAAAGUUAAAUGGCUAAUUGUGGGUGGCAGCUACGCGGGGGCGUUAAGCGCGUGGGCGCGGGCAAGGUACCCGGAGGAUUUUGACGCCGCGUGGAGCAGCAGUGGUGUGGUGAAUGCCAUCUUUGACUACAACGCGUUUGAUGGGCAUUUGUUGGACGUCCUCCCCAGCGCCUGUGCCGCCGCCAUUCGCACCGUCUUUGACGCCUUCACGGAGGCGUACGACGACCCGAAGCGUCGCGGUCCCAUGAUGCAGACGUUUGGCACCCCCAGCUAUUUUACUAAGGCUGAUAUGGCGUGGAUGCUCGCGGACGGUUCUGCGAUGGCUGUGCAGUACGGGUUAAAGGACAAGCUUUGCGCAUGGAUGCAGCCCGUCCAAAGGCAGGACCCCUUCAAGCAGUACGCGGGCCUUAUCCGACUACUCUGGGGUACGGACUUUACGCGGAUGUGCUAUUACAGCACCGAGUGCCUGUCAAACGCGAGUUACAGUUAUCUGUGGGACUCCGACUACACCUGGGCCUACCAGUGUUGUUCGCAGCUGGCGUACUGGCAGGUAAGCUACCCAGGCAGUCUGCGGUUGGAGGAUGUCACCACGUCGUACUUCAUUGAUCAGUGCCGCGCGGCGUUUGGUGAGGACAUAUUUCCUGAUACCUACGCCUUCAACGCGGUCCACGGUGGCGCACAUCCCACGGCCACACGCGUGGUGGCAACUCAGGGCUCUGACGACCCGUGGCUGCCAGCCGGGGUGACCCACACACAAAGCGCAGAGUACCCUGAAGUCACAGCGCAGUGCAACGGCUGUGGGCACUGUGGCGACCUGAGCAGCUUUGACCGCGAUGAGCCCGCGCCGCUCACGGCGCAGCGGAGGGUCUUGGUGAAGUACCUGAACGCCUGGCUAGGAAAGUAA